AUGCGGCACGACGAUCGCGCAUAUGGCCAACCUGUCAUUGGCGACGAUUCGGAUUUGAUGAUGCUGCGGACCCCUGCGGCAACAGCUAGAGUGCGCAAAGAAGCGGAGAGCAUAUUUAGUCAAUCAGCUCGCUUCAGGGCUGGAAGAAACCGGGACCCUCAGUUUGGCACCAUUGCCAAGGAUAUCUAUACCUACCAGGAGCCUGCUAGAAUCACAGAGAAGCCUGAUCUGAUCCUGAAGACGGAGAACUUGGUAUGCCAGCUAUAUAACGAUGGUGUUGGCGCUCACGAUGACCCGGAGAGGCUGGAAAACUCACUUGCCGACAUCACCUACAAGCUGAUACGAGUUUGGACGGACUACGUAGAGGAGCUCCCACCCCCAGAAGGCGAGGAUCUGGCCACCAUUGGCCCCGGAGAAGAUGCGGAUCCGUUUGAAAAAGCUGUCUACGUUGCUCAUUUGAUUCUUCGCAUGCACCAUACUCGUUUCGACACAAAACUCGAGGAUGACAAGGCAUCGCCUUUACCGGAGAUCCUCUUUGACUGGAUGCAGUCUAGCCAUAACCUGUAUCCUGACCAGAUUCGAGAGAUUUCCAGAUACAAGCCCAGCCCUGCAUGCCAUAGCCUGUAUUGGCAGACGCUGAGAAAUGCGCUGCUACGGGGUGACGUGAACGGGGCAAAGCAACUUUUGAAGAAUGCUGGCUGGGAGCAUGUCCGCCGCGGUCCUUCAGGCGGCCAAACGUACAUAGGCAAGGCCCUCGAGAACGUACGGAGGUUUACAGAGGCCACAUGCGAGAUGCUUGGCCAGUGCCCCGGAGCAAGAAACGACUGGGACAUUCUAAACAGCAGCUGGACCUUGUUCCGAGUCCAGGCCCGAGGCUCCUUGGAUAGACUCACGCUGUUUGCCGAAGGAAAAGAUACCACCUUCCUCGAUUCGCUGAAUGACGAAUUUGACACGUCCAUGUCGACAAUGGCUAAGAAAGCCUCGAGCCAGAUUCCUUGGGACAUUUACGAAAACUUGCAGACGGUAUACGAGAUUGUCUUGGGACAGACUGAAGCUAUCUUGGAGACGGCGCAGGAUUGGUGCGAGGCAACGAUUGGUUUGUUUGGCUGGUGGGAUGAGGGCGUCCAACGCCCCAAGCCCCUGCUGCAGUCACAGUUUGGUCUCUCGGCGAUGUCGCCGGGCAGCUUCACAGACUCUGAGGACUAUUUCGAUCGGCUUGUGACAGUGUUCAACCUUGUCAUCCAAUCCGGUCUUAGCCCCAACACGAUGAAUCCCGUUGAAGUUGCUCUUGCAUCUGCCUUUGAGGGUAAUACCAACGCCGUCAUCGGAUGCCUGAGGACAUGGUCUCUUCCUGUGGCUUGUUCAGUUGCUGAGAUUGCUUCUCUGGGCGGGUGGCUUCCUCCGGCAGAGCCUGUGAAGCCGCUGCCAGCUGAUACCCUGGACAUGGAUGACUUGAUGCUCCUAGGAGUAGGACAGCCCACCAACGAUGAUGUGGAGGGUAUCAAGGACACGAGCAUUGUGAUUUACGCGAGAGAGCUGGCGGGUAUCGAGCAUCUUUCACCACAGCUGGAUGGUUGGGAGAUGGCCAUUCAAGUGCUGGGCCGGAUGGACGUACCGGAAAAGGCAGAAGAGACGGUUGGUGAACUGUUGAGGGACCUCCUGGCAACACUGGACGAAACCUCUAGCACGACGGUGGAUAAGAUGUGGAGAAUCCUGAGCGAUCUGGGCAUGAUGAAUUAUGCCGAGGAGACUGCAGAGACGUUUGCAGAAAUCUUGUCGAAAGAAUCUCACCGAUAUGGCGAAGCGAUUUGGUACUUUGCGCUUUCGCACCAGGCAGAUCGAGUUCGUGAGGUUCUCAACCUUCUCAUGUCCUAUUCCCUUGUGCAGUCAACGGUUUACCCUGCAGAGAAGGACCUCGAUGAAGAUCUCAAGAGCAUGCUUCGAAAUAGAUCAGAGGCGUUGGAGGAGCGGGCAAAGGUGGAUUUAGAGGCCGCUCAGCUACUUGGCCGGAUGCUUAGUGGCUACGCGACGCUGCGCAAAUUUUACGAACUCCGAGACGAGAUAGCAAAGGUUGAAGAGACUUCGCCAUCUAGGGCUCUCACCCUAAGAAAGCAAGCUGCCUUUGCGUUGGUGGCUGUCAUUUCUAGUUCAGGUGACAACAUCCGCGGCGGGCUUUACGAUGAGACCAGGGACGCAGUUGUCAGCGAGGACUUCUUGCUGGCUCUGCUGGGUGAAGCAACUGUUUUCAUCAAUCAGUCGCCCUCGGUCAUCUCCCUCGAGCAGCUCGAUAUUAUUCUCAAGGCCAUCGAGGAUAUCCAGGCCGUCGGCUCUCGCGUGUACUCUACUUGCGAAGAGUUCUUCAACUUGGUGCUUGCAUCAGGACAAGGUCUCAAGGGAUCUACGCCGGCAGAUUUGAUGAAGUCGACGAGCUCGCUUGGCAACAGCACAUACAUGAUGAGUGGCAGCUCUCUCCUGGUCAGCCACAUGCAAAAAUCCAUCAUGGGAGGCCAAGGUAAAGUGAAUAGGGGAUGGGAUUGGAGGAAAGGCUGGCUAGCUAACACCAAGGGAGAAGACGUGAUUCGAAAGCUGAGACUGGGAUUGGCUAAGGAUCUGGCAGGGCUAUGGUUGGAUGACGCUGACGGAGUUGCAAUUUACUAG